UCCACCCGACCGCCAUGAGCACCAAGCAGGUCACUUGCAGGUAUUUUAUGCAUGGUAUGUGUCGGGAAGGAAACCAGUGCCUGUUCUCACAGGACUUGGCAAACAGCAAGCCAUCUACCAUCUGCAAAUACUACCAGAAGGGCUGUUGCGCCUACGGAACUUGUUGCAGAUACGAUCACACGAGGCCCUCUGCUGCAGCUGGUGGGGCCAUGGGCACUGUUCCCCACGGGGUGCCCUCCCUCGGUUUCCACAGUCCUCACCCUCCUUCUUACCUCACUGCAUCAAUCGUGAAAACUAACUUACACGAGCCUGGGAAACGUGAAAAGAGGACAUUGGUACUUAGAGACCGAAAUCUCUCUGGCAUGGCUGAAGAAAAGACUUGCCCAAGUGUGGUGAGUAAUCCCGGAGGCUGCAGCGACCUGCAGAACAGCCCGGAGCUGAAGCCGCAUUCCUACCUAGAAAGAAUCAGCAGUGGUCUCGACAACUUAGAAGCUAGCAUCUCCUACAGCAGCGAGCAGCAGCUGUGCCCCUACGCAGCUGCCGGGGAGUGCCGAUUUGGGGAUGCUUGUGUCUACCUGCAUGGGGAAGUUUGUGAAAUCUGUAGGUUACAAGUCCUGCACCCCUUCGACCCAGAGCACAGGAAAGCUCACGAGAAGAUCUGCAUGUCAACAUUCGAACACGAGAUGGAGAAGGCCUUUGCCUUCCAGGCGAGUCAGGACAAAGUGUGCAGCAUCUGCAUGGAGGUUAUCCUCGAGAAGGCGUCAGCCUCGGAGCGGAGGUUCGGGAUCCUUUCCAACUGCAACCACACGUAUUGCCUGUCCUGCAUCCGGCAGUGGAGGUGUGCCAAGCAGUUUGAGAACCCAAUCAUCAAGUCUUGUCCAGAGUGCCAUGUGAUAUCAGAGUUUGUAAUUCCAAGUGUGUAUUGGGUAGAAGAUCAGAAUAAAAAGAACGAGUUGAUUGAAGCUUUCAAACAGGGAAUGGGAAAAAAAGUUUGUAAAUACUUUGAGCAAGGCAAAGGGACCUGCCCGUUUGGAAGCAAAUGCCUUUACCGCCAUGCUUACCCUGAUGGGCGGCUAGCGGAACCAGAGAAGCCUCGGAAACAGCUCAGUUCUGAAGGCACUGUGAGGUUCUUUAAUUCAGUGCGGCUCUGGGAUUUCAUUGAGAACCGAGAGAGCCAGCAUGUCCACAACACUGAAGACGUCGACAUGACAGAGCUUUGGGACCUCUUCAUGCACCUCUCCGGAGUGGAGUCAUCAGAACCCUGAAGAGUAGGUGGUCGCCCUGCAUCUUCGGCUCCACCAGCCGAGCCUUCCCCAAGCCAGGGUGUGCAGAGCUUCUUUCACGGCAGCCUGGGGUGGCGUGUCACUUGGAUUUGAGUGGGGUUGUAUUUAACCUUGGUCUCAUCCACUCCAUUAUUACAGCCAUGGGAAGAGUGAGGAUAUAAAAUAACCUUAACACAUAUAUGGAAUCGCUGCUUCUCUAGUUGCUAUUUAUCUUAGUUGCACCUCAAACUCCUCAGGGGGGGCAGCUGACCAGCCAGAGUUUUCAUUGAUUGAUUCAGACCAGCCUGGCUCCCGUCCUCGAGGACCGUGCAGGUGCCCCUAAAAGCAGCAGAUUCAUUUAUCUUACCAAAGGAUUCCUGUGUGGUGAACCUCCCUAGUAUACUGAAAUAGUGUGAUCAACACUGGAUUUGUAUAUUGCUUUUCAAAACCACGCUGCACACCUUAGCACAAAACUUGACUUAGGGCUCCGCAGUGUCCCAAAUCAGGGGAGAAGUCUUGCUGCGGGACGUUCAGCAGACAGGUAUAAACCUUCUUACCUGGG